GAACCAAUCUCUAUUUGCAUCUACCUCUCGAAUAGAUAAUUUUUUUAUUUUUCUCGGUUUCGUGCAAGCAAAGCUGCCAUGAAUUUUUUUCGAAACAGUUAUUUACUCCUUCGUCACCAAGUAAAAAUUACGCGUCUUGGCAAUAUGAAUUUCUAUUAUCCUGUAUCUAUCAUAGCGACACGAAGUAUUACAGACGACGUAUCGAAAAAGUUGGUUUUUGUUUCCAAAAGUACCAACAUCUUCGAGAAUCUUGCAUUAGAAGAUUGGUUUUAUAAAAAUUUUGAUUUUGAAAAUCAGUCACUUCUUUUUAUGUGGGUUAAUACACCAUGUGUAGUCAUCGGUAGACAUCAAAAUCCAUGGCUAGAAGUAAAUUUAAAGAAUCUGUCACAGAACAGUGUAUAUUUGUCACGCCGGAAUAGUGGAGGAGGCACAGUGUACCAUGAUCAAGGCAAUUUGAACUGCUCAUUUUUCACAUCACGAGCCAGAUACAAUAGGAAAUCUAACCUUGAAACCAUUUGUGGGUCUAUCAGAAGUCAUUGGAAUUUAGAUCUAUCAAUUUCACCUAGAGAAGAUAUCCUGUUUAACAGCUACAAAGUGUCUGGAACUGCAUCAAAGCUUGGCCAUCGGAAUGCUUAUCACCAUUGUACUCUCCUUGUUGAUGUUGAUGCAUCAUUACUACAUCAAAUGUUGAGUGUACAUGAGCUUGGGAUUCAGAGUAAUUCUACACCCAGUGUCCGAUCUCCAACGUUGAACCUCAAAGCUUGUUGUCCCGAGAUAUCAGUUGAUGAAGUUAUAAACAUACUAGGAUGUUAUUACAUCAAGAAUUCUCCGUUAAGUUUUCAAGAAGUCGAUUUUGUAACUCCGUCCGAAGAAAAUUUUCCUGGUUUGGACCUGAUCAAACAGUCAUUCUCAGCCUGGCAAUGGAUCUAUGGGAAGACCCCAUGUUUUUCCCUUUGCUGUCCAAUUGGUAGUCAAAGUUCAGAGGUCAAAAUUCAGGUGUUGAAUGGGAAAAUAGAAAGGCUACAUUUCCAAGACGUCACCAUCGGCAAACAAGAUGCCCUAAGUCUGAACACGUUAUUAGUGAAUCAAAAAUUAGAUAGUGAAUUACAUUACGUCAUUUCAAAUACCAGCGUUUUUGGAACUGUGGGUGAAGACCGUUUUUCAAAUUUAAAAGAAAUUUUGUUGACGCUAUGCUUAACGUCAGUCUGAUGUCUUUCCAAGAGUUGUCUCGACAUUUAAAUUCGAUUGAAACACAUAACUUUGUAAAUUU